GAAAUUAUUUUGUUGCGUUAUUUCAACGGAGACCGUGGGUGGGAAUUAAUGGUGCUUGAUAAUCGCGCUGUUCGUAACAGUGAUAUGUACUCUUGAUAGUGAACUUUGACAUAAGCGUUUUUUGGAAAAGUCGUCUUUUUUCAGUUGCUCUUAAAGAAAGUAUUGAUAAAUAAAAAUGGCUCCGCGAACGGAAGCAGUACCAAAGGAACAUGCCGAUUUACCGAAAGAAAGACCGAAUAAAGGUAUUAAUGCAGUUUUAUUGGGACCACCUGGUUGCGGUAAAGGUACACAGGCUCCAUUAUUAAAGGAACGAUAUUGCGUAUGUCAUUUAUCUACAGGCGAUAUGCUCAGAGCAGAGAUUACCUCUGGAUCUGCUAUCGGAACAGAGAUUAAGAAAAUAAUGGAUGAAGGUAAAUUGGUCAAUGAUGAUCUUGUUGUUAGCAUGAUUGAUCAUAAUUUGGACAAGCCUGAAUGCAAACAGGGUUUCUUGUUGGAUGGUUUUCCAAGAAGUGUUCCACAAGCUCAAAAACUUGAUGACAUGUUAAAGAAGAGGAAUACUAAAUUGGAUGCUGUAAUAGAGUUUGGAAUUGAUGAUAAUUUGUUGAUAAAGAGAAUCACAGGUCGUCUGAUACAUCCUGCAAGUGGUAGAUCAUAUCAUGAAGAAUUUGCUCCACCCAAGGUCCCUAUGAAAGACGAUAUCACUGGAGAACCAUUGAUCAAAAGAUCAGAUGAUAAUGCAGAAGCAUUGAAAAAACGUUUAGUAACAUAUCAUACACAAACUCAACCAUUAGUUGAUUAUUAUGCUAUACAAGGAAUUCACUAUUACAUUAAUGCUGCUCAAUCAAGUAAAAAUGUCUUCAAAGAUAUCGAUCGUAUAUUUUCAAGAACGGUUAAACCAGCAGAGCAAAAGAAAAGUUUCUUUAGUCGGUUCUUUUAAGAAAUGAAAAUGUUCCAGAUCAUUCUUCUCUUGUAAGUGAAAAGGCAACUUGUAGUUAAUGGGAAAUGUUAUAUCUUAGUAUUAUGGUAAUUUUAGAAAAGCUAUAGCAUUGUAAAUGUACAAUUUUCAAUUUAAAAGCAAUUUACGUGGUUAGGAAUACAUAGUUCGUAUGGUACGUAUUUUUUUGAUCAAGCAAUGUACAGAACACCAAACAGGGAAUGUAAGAAAGGGAAAACAAUGCAAACAUUGUUGCAUUGAUUUAGUUGCAAGUUAUACUGUAAGUUCAUAAAGGAAAGUAUUAUAAAUUAAUAGGACAAAUGCACACACUUUAUUAAUAGAUUGAGCUUGGUGAUAUUGUGACACAUAAGUAAGUCAUUUAACUAGGUGAGGGGAGCAACGUAUUUGUAUAUAAUGAACAACAGAGAACAUUUGUUUGUUUAAUUACUGUUAUUACAAAUAUUUUUUAUCGAUUUCUACUUUGUUUAUUUUUGAAACGUAUAUAUGUCUAAACAUUUAUGUAAAUUUUUUUGCAUAAAAUAUAUACGCCAUUUCUUGCACUUUUGUAUUAAAGUUUAUAACUAGCAACUUUUAAUACAAGACAAAUAUUUUCGAACAUUGUUACGAUAACUGAGACAUUUUUAGAUGAAGAAGUAUAAAUGUAAAUAACUGAAUUUUACAGGAAAUUUGUUUUAUGAAUUUAGCAUAUGCGAUUUAGCAUAAAGGAUUUGGAAUUUAGAUAUAAAAAAAAUAAUUAGAAUAAAAUGUCUCAUUUACACGUUUUACACGCACAUGUAUUACCUUUAACAUUUUAUAAUUUAACGAAUCUCGUACUGGUAAAAAGGUGUGAAUAUAAAAUAACAAAUAUUUUAACGAAUUGUAUUGUUAAUGCACCGAACAUAUUAUUACGCUUAUAUGUAUAUUCUGAAAAAGAAAAAAGGUUUUACAAACGGCUAUAAACGAAACACAAUUGUAGAUGAAAAAUCUAUUUUCCGUAAAUCAAAGUAAUCUAAAUAUAUUCUG